UAUUUGAUUCCUAGUUUCUUCUUCUCUUCUCUGUACCCUUGUCUAUCUGCAACUUCUUUUCUUCUCCCGUUCUCCUCUCCUCUCUCGACCCUUUCAUGCAGAAGAAACCCGCCUCUCUCCGUUGAGGAUUUGAGAGCCCUUAUUUUUAUAAUUGAUUGAAAGGAAAAUUGAUAUCCUCCAUUGAAAUUGCAGGAGAUAGUUACACGAGUCCAUCAAAAGUCUCCUUGAAAAGGAAAUAAGAAUUACUGGAAAUGGAUGCUCAAGCGAGGAAGAAAGCAUUGUUUCGAGCAAAAUUGAACGCACAAAAGCAGGAAAAGCAGCGGAUUGAUUCUCCCCUUGUAAGGUAUAAUGAACAUGAUCAACCUGUAUGUCGAGUUUGUGAAGUUGUCGUCAAAUCUGAGUCACUUUGGCCUGCUCACCUGGCUUCUCGCAAACACCAUGAGGCUAUUGAGAAGCUCAAAGCCAAUGCUGCUGCAGUAAACCGGCCUAAUAAUACUAAACCUGAAGAGUUGCCGAAGCCUAAGCCUGAGUCAUCCAGAGAGUUGAAUGAUAAAUACGAGCCUUAUGCACUGCCAAAACCUCGAUCAUCUACUUUGCCUCCGGAUUUUUUUGAUAAUCAUGAGUCAAAGAAGCAGAAAAUGGAAAGGGAUUCCGGCAAGUUUGGAGACCCGGAUUCUCAUGAAAAAGAUUCUGUUUCUAUGAAGACCCAAGUUGUGGAGGAAUUUGCCUCUGAGAGUGGGAUUGACGGGUCAUCUGUUGCUGCAUCUAUGCAAAUGAGAAAUCCUGAAUUUCCAGCUUCCAAGGAUUUCAGGCAGGUGCCAAGAACAGACACUGGUUCAGAAACUAAGCAAGUCAAGGGAGCUCUUCCUGAAGGUUUUUUCGAUGACAAAGAUGCUGAUUUACGUGCCCGGGGUAUUACACCAGUGAAGCCAGAUGUCAAGGAUGAAUACAAGGAGUUUGAAAAGUUAAUCCAAGAGGAUUUACAGGAGGUAGAUAAUCGUUUGGAGGAAGAAGAGUUUGACGCAGCUGAGAUGAUUGAAGAGGAGGAGACAGUUGAACAGAGGGGCUAUAUCAAGAGAGUGGAAAUGUUAAGAAGGAAGAAGCUGGAACUUAGGGCUUCUAAAUUUGCUGGUGGUGCUAAAGAUACUGAAGUCACAGGCAAGGAAUCCAACCACAAAGAUUCAUCAAGUGAUGAUGAAGACGAUGAGAAUUUUAAAGUUGAUUGGAGAUCAAAGCAUCUUUAAACACUUCCUUUUCAUUUGCAGAUUGAAGCUUUUGGUGAAGUGGUUUUAAUGAAAUUGCAGUGCAGCUGCUUUCCACCCAAGUAAAUUGUCCUCGAUAGUUUCCAGUUUGACCAAUUAUCAAGCUUUUCUUUGCUUUGCCGUGGCGCCUGCCUACACUGUGAGUAGUACAUGUUUGACUGCUGGAAACUUGAAAAAUUCCAUAAUACAGAGCUGCCGAAAAUUUAACUUGUACCGUUAUUUAGCUUUAACCUUAGUCGACUAUUAGAAACUGCAAACCUCCUGGCAGCAGCUAACGACAAUGUACGUGUCUAUGAGCUAGAGUGGUUUUGCCUUCCUGAAGGUAAUGAAAUUCAUCAAUCAAACAAGCACUUAAACAUUUUUCAACACACGGACGUUUAGUUGGGAAGUACUGCACGGUUUACGUUUUCCAGCUUCUUUAUACACAACAGUGCUGUCAUAUAUAGUUAGGAAAGGAGUGGUCUGGCAUAAAGCUGUAGACAUUUGUGCUUUAUUUAAUAUAUGCAUGCUGAGUAAUUUUCCGUUUCACCAUUGCUAGCGGUGUAAUUGAACUUAACUUCGUUGCAUUGUUCUUAACUUAGUGUUCUCUA